CACUACCUAGCGAACAUUGUAGUCUAAAAUGGGAUUCAAGUCAGAAACCGUCUGUAAAGGGUUAUUCCUGCAGCUCGUUAUGUUCAUUCUGUGUGCCAACACUGACAACAUGGUCACUGGUUCAGACACCUGUAAAUUGAAAAGGGUGUGGUUCUUUCAAAAUGUGAUCAAUAUUUUGACUAUACAACCUUUAGAUUCCGGUCGAAUUGUGGUGCAACCUACUGACUAUGAAUCAAAUUCAACGCAGUAUUUCAGAAUUGAAUGUGGCAGCAAGCCGGGAUUAUUCUACUUGGUACAUAAUGUUACAGGGAAGGUUCUUGACAUUGAGCGAGUUUCUCCGCACCACGUUAUCCUGGCUUCCAUAGAUGAGUCGUUGUGGCAACAAUGGUCCGUGGAAUCCACAAGUCUGCGCGUCACAAAUGCGGCUACAAUGCUUGUCCUUGCCAUUGAAGAUAGUAACUUCGUGCCAGGAGCUGGAGUUGUGGUAGAAACUCAAAGUGCUGAAAUAACCCCAAACCAGAUGUGGAUUGUGGAAGAUUAUGAAGACGAAUGA